GGCCGCCGCGCUGGCUGUGUGCGCCGCCGGCGCCGCCGCCGUCGCCGAGCUCAGCGCGCCGGUAGCCGUGCUGCGCGUGCAUAGUGUGGGCGAGGCGCUGGGCCACCUGGGCGAGGCGGCGCAGGCCGAGGGCGACCGCAGCCGCGUCUCGCUCGGCGUCGUGUUCGACUCGACCGGCUCCAUGUACGACGACCUGCGCCGCUUGAUCCGAGGCGUGGAGAAGGUGCUGCAGGUGGUGGUGGCGGCCGACUCGCACCGCAUCGAGAACUUCAUCCUGGUGCCCUAUCACGACCCAGUGAUCGGGCCAGCCAUCGUCACCGACGACUACCACCAGUUCUACGACAACCUGAAGACGCUGGACGUGCGCGGAGGCGGCGACUGUCCCGAAAUGGCGCUCACCGGCCUGAAGCUGGCUCUGGAGAGGGCCCUGCCGGGCUCGCACAUCUACGUCUUCACCGACGCCAGUGCCAAGGACUACCACCUGCUGGAGGAGAUCCUGUCGCUCAUCAGUGACAAGUCGCCGCACAUCGUGUUCGUGCUGACGGGCAACUGCGAAGACCCCGACGGGCCUGGCCAGGCCGUGUUCCAGCGCAUUGCCGCCGUCACAUCCGGCCACGUGUUCCACAUGCAGAAGGACAGCGUGCAGCAGGUGCUGGAGUUCGUCCGAGAGUCCCUCCGGCCCGGCAAGGUCAGUCUGGCAGCGGUAGACCAUGACCCCGCGCCGUCAGAGGAUGCGGAGGCUGACCCGCCCUCGGUGCCUGUCGUCAACUUCCACGUGGACAAGAGUCUGGACGAGUUCACCGUCUCUGUGUCAGGCAACCGGCCCGAGGUUACCAUUCGCGAGAGUGAAAACCAGGAGAAAGUCACCGGCGACCUGAUCUUGGACCUGCCCAAGGUCAAGGUCGUCAACAUCCAGGACCCGAAGCCGGGGCGUUACACCGUAACGGUAGAGACGGAGGACGACUCGCCCUUCACCAUGCGGGCCACAGCCAUCAGCGGCGUCACCUUCGAGUUCGGCUUCACCCUAGAUGAAGAUGGCAGUCUCAGUGGCGCCCUGAACCGGCCCGUGCAGAACGAGACCAACUACCUGCUGGUGCGGCCGGUGAACGCCAGCGAGGCGCUGGAGAUGAGGCAGGCCGAGCUCACCUCUCUGGAGGGGCAGGUGCUGCGGACGGUCGACCUCGGCGAGCGCGAGCCAGACGGCGUGUUCCGCGGCGGACCGUUCGUCCCUCCAGACGACCUGUUCCGCGUCAAGGUUCAGGGCGCCCAUGAGGACGGAUCGCCGUUGCAGCGCGAGACGUCGGCCGUCUCCGCCGUCCAGAUAGGGAAGCCGACGCUGGUCGCGCCGUCCGAGGUCAAGGGUCACCUGGGAGCCAACGUGACGAUCCCCUGCCGGGUGCGGUCGUACCUGCCCAUGACGGCCGGCUGGUUCUUCGAAUACCAGCCGUUCAGCGCCUUCACCAACUACAGUCAGUCAUCACGGUCCCGUCUGCUGCACCUGAACAUGGCAGACGUCAAGCCGACUGACGCCGGCGACUACAUCUGCAUGGCUCGCAACGCCUUCGGCAAGGUGUUCCAGACAGUGAAGCUGUUGGUGCUAGCGCCGCCACCGAAUGUGACGACGCCGCGGAACGUCACCGUGCUGGAAGGUCGGCCUGUCUACCUCGCAUGUGACGUCACGUCAUCAACACCUUACAACGUCACCUGGCGGACGUGCCGAGUGGUUCCACAGUGGCCGGGCGCUGCGCCGGCCCGACACCACCGACUACCUGCACAUCCCAGCCGCCGCGCUGACCAGCGUGGUAACGUGACCUCUGAGACCACUCUGGAAGUGCACAGCAAGCCCAAGGUGUCCAUCAACACGCCAGGCGCGGUGUUCCUGCCCCAACAGCAGGUGGUCAUCAUCUGCCAAGCCUACGGCAAGCCAUACCCGGAGGUCGUCUGGACCAGAGGACACGGCACCAUUAUAACUCCGUCCGAGGACGGCCGAGUGCAGUUGGAGCACAGCAUUCUGCGCAUCUCGAACGCGCAGGCCAGUGACGAGGACGUCUACAGCUGCACCGGCACCAACCCGUACGGCAGCGCGACAAAGAGCCUGUAUAUCCGAUACGCUGAGCCGCCGCUGGUGCGCGUCCCCAACGAGAGCGCCCUCGCCUCAAUCGGAGACUCGGUGUCUUCUGGCCGGCUGCACAUCUUCUCGCUGAAGAGUUCUGAUGCCGGCCAGUACACGUGCGCCGCCGAGAACGAGUAUGGUCGGGACGAGGGCGUUGUCACACUGCGGAUCGGCUCCCCACCGCGCGCCACCAUCGAGGACUACGACGUGUCACUGCCGUACGGCGGCUCCACGUCCCUGCCCUGCGUGGCCGUCGGCAGCCCGGACCCCGAGUUCCGCUGGAGUCACGACGGCAAGCAGCUGACCUAA